AUGGCUUCCACGGGAGUAGGAUCGCAGAAUGAAAGCCCGGCGUCGACCGAGGCCACUCCAGCAAACACCGCGUCGACGACAACGUCGAAUGCGCGUCAAACGCCGAUUGCAGGUCGGCGGACGCCUAUUCAUAACCCUUUCCCGGCAUCUCUGGCAAGCGAAUGCAAAAAAGCAGCUCAAAUCAUCGACUCCUUUGUGAAUCCCCGAUAUGAGGGUCUCGAAGGCACGAUUCCGCAACGGAUUAUAGCUCCUGCUAAAGGCUUGGUGAUCUGCAGCGUCUUCAAAGCUGGAUUCCUUGGAUCCGUUCGCUUCGGUUCCGGGCUCAUCGUCUGUCGUCUUCCCAAUGGCAACUGGUCUGCUCCCUCGGCCAUCUCUUUGGGAGGACUCGGUGCCGGAGGUCAGUUCGGAAUGGAGUUCACCAACUUUGUGUUCGUCCUCAACACAGACUCCGCCGUCAACACGUUCAUCCAUUCAGGCACCCUGACGCUGGGCGGGAACAUUUCCAUUGCGUUUGGGACCGGUCGAAGCGCCGAGGCGGCGGCGAUGCUCGGAACCAAAGGGGUAUCCAACAUCUUUGCAUAUUCAAAGACCCGAGGUGUUUAUGGCGGAUUGACGGUGGAGGGUGGGGUGAUUACCGAGCGAUCCUCGACAAACAAGACGCUUUACAAGCGCAAGGUCAAGGUGAAGGAUCUUUUGACGGGGGAAAUCCCACCGCCGCCGCAGGCUGAGCCGUUGAUGCGGAUCCUGAACUCGGACUGCUUUCGUCCUCCGACUUUGAAUGCGGAGCCAUCUCCGUCGGUGGCGGCGCCGGAGGCAGAGGUGACUGGUGCAUUGCCAUCUUCUGAGCCUGUCGAGCUGGUCGUCGAGCCUUCGGCCAGACCUAACGAGCCAAAUGAGACCGAAGCAACGCAGGUCCCGGUCGUUGCGGAGCAGAGCAUUGAAUCAGCCGAGCAGGCCAUAACAAGUACUGCGGAUGACGAACCUACAGCACAGCAACCUCCCAUCACAGUAUCAAGUGCCAGAACUGGUCCCUUGUCGUCUGCGGUAGUAAGCGAGGAGACUCAAGAAUCUUCCCAGGCCGCCCAGACCGCGGAAAAUAAGGGAGUCGAAGUGCCGCAGCCGUCAAAACCAGCAUCGAAUGACAGGACGGACACACAUUUGUCUGCCCUUAUGACCGAGAACGCCACGCAGCCUGAGGAGGAGGUUGGACAUGGCGGAGAUCAUAAGAAAGAGAGCGGGACACAAUAG